AGCCCCCCCAUGGCUGGCUGGAAACACUCGAUCAUCUUGCUCCUGGCCCUGGCUGUCAGCGACGGGUUCUACUCUCCUGCUCCAUUGCGUUAUCACAGACACGAAGCAAGUGCUCCUGCUCUCUGCCAACAGAGAUGCCUCCGCCGUCCCCGUGUGCUGAACCUGCGGAUGAAGAUGAACCCGGAGGACGAGGAUGCGCUCCCAGGAGAUGAAGGGAUGAGCAUGCUGAACCCGGUCGAGAAGGAGUUCAUGGAGAACUGGAACGAGCUCAUGUACUCGGAGCUGAGGAUGCGAAAUGCGGUCACCGGGGAGGCUGGGAUUGCGGAUAGAAUCAUGCCGGACGCGUCGAUGGAGCCUCGAGAUGUGAUCGCGACGGUUGUCAACGCGCUUAUGAUCAAUGAUGUUCCUUCGGUGGACAACGGAUGCGCCAUUGCGAUCCGUUUCAGCAGCAGCAGCAACCCCCUUGGCAAGCUCACAGCAACGGAUUUGUCUCGUUUUUUCCGAUCGACGGGGUUCAACAUUCUCGUGUCGUAUCCCGACGAGUUCAUCUUCGCAGGGGAAGCGUUCAUUCAGACUUGUGGGGAAAUUUCAUACGCAUUGCAGGAUGUUGAGAUUUCGAACUCCAUGACCAACUCAACGGUUACACUUCGGUUUUUAUUGGUCCGAGAAUCGGAGAGCCUCUCAUGGCUCAUUGAGUCCCUUUCCUUAAGACCCGAAUAAUCUUCCUUCCAAAAGUUUCGCACAAGUUAAAGAAACACUCGCAAACAG